GUUUCUGUUUCCCAACUAUUGAGCUUAACGUCUGCAUUACUGUUGCUACAGAAGGCAGCGGCACACCGGAAAUUCCUGCUAAAACAAUGAAUAUGUGAAGACUGUCAAAGAGGAACAGUUACCUUUAAGUGUUUCUUUUGCUCUCCUUCUUUUACUCUACACUGAAAGAAAAGUUGCUGUUUAACAACAACAACCAUGGUCAGAAGAAUAAAAACUAUUUCUGAACUGGAAGGCUCUGGAUUUGGUCGACCUUGUCCCAGACAUGGACUCAAACUCUUGUUCUGGUUUGCUGAUUACUGUAUUUGUUAUUUUAAUGAUGACAUGUUCCUCCAGUGUGACCCAGUGAGGGGAGAUUAUGGAUUUCAUUUUUUUGAGAACAGAAGAAACAAACACAAAGUCAAACUUCUCCCAGAUGUGAAUUUUCCCUACUAUGUGGUCGGCAAUAUGAAUUACCCAGGAGCUGAUAUGCUUCCGGACUAUGUUGUGGAAGACUACACUUAUUGCCGAGAUGACAACAGCAAUGCAGACCGCAUCAUUGUCAGCGUUCAUGAAGGGAACAGGUUUGGGAAAGUUUAUAUGACCACACACAAUGAUCUGUCCAAUUAUGACCCACGUGCCACAUUCCACAUUACCAGAACUCUCCUCAAGAUAAUCAAAUCAUACCUGAAUAUUGAUGACUUUCUGAGGGACACUGGGUAUCAUCCACAGUACCAUGUGGAGAUAUCUAAUCAGCCAGUUUCUCCUUCACCUUUGAGGUAUUAUGACCCAGAUUGUCAUAUUGACAUGGAAUCACCCAAUGUUUCAAACAGCAGUACAGACAUAAUGAUAGAAAAUGAUGCAUCAUCACAAAACUCUGAGAACUUAACCAGGAAGAAGGGAUUGUGUGAACGUUUCUGUACCAUACUUUAAGACAGUUUUUUAUUUGAAACUCAUAGGGUCUGUUCCAAAACCUCACCAUAGGCAUGUCUUAAAAAUAUUAACCUUAUUAUGAUCUUUUUAAUUAAUUGUUCUAAAAUACAAACUUGCUUCACACCAGUCUCUGAUUAACAUGAAAAGUCACUGCUAUUUCUGGUCUAUUUUUGUGUCAAAUAAUGUGAGCUUUGAAUGAUUCUGAAUAAAUUAUUUGUUGUCAAAUUUGUA